GGAGCCCGGCGCCCCGGGCCGUAGCCCGGCGCAGGCAUGCAGGCAAGGCGCCUGGCCAAGCGCCCCAGCCUGGGCAGCCGCCGCGGGGGCGCUGCGCCCGCUCCCGCCCCCGAGGCCGCCGCGCUGGGGCUCCCGCCCCCCGGCCCCAGCCCUGGCGCUGCACCGGGAAGCUGGAGGCCGCCUCUCCCGCCGCCGCGCGGGACCGGUCCCCCGCGCGCAGCCGCCGCCUCGUCACCGGUCCUGCUGCUGCUGGGCGAGGAGGACGAGGACGAGGAGGGCGCGGGCCGGAGGCGCAGGGUGCGCGGGAGGCUGGCGGAGAAGCCCCGAGGGGGCGCGGAGGAGGACGACGACGACGAGGAAGAGGACGAAGAGGUGGUCGUCGAGGUGGUGGACGGCGACGAGGACGACGAGGACGCCGAGGAGCGCUUCGUGCCUCUCGGACCCGGCCGUGCGCUUCCCAGGGGCCCGGCCCGGGGAGCGGUGAAGGUGGGGAGUUUCAAGCGAGAAAUGACCUUCACAUUUCAGUCGGAGGACUUAAAGCAUGACUCCAGUAAGAAGCCAUCUCAUCACAUGUUCCCACUGGCCAUGGAGGAAGACAUGAAAGCAGUGGACACCAAAAAAGCCAACCGGAUCCUUGACCAAGAAAAAGAAAACACUCGAUCCAUUUGUCUCCUUGAGCAAAAGCGAAAAGUGGUUUCCUCUAAUAUCGAUGUCCCUCCAGCGAGGAAGUCUUCGGAGGAGCUGGACAUGGACAAGGUGACUGCAGCAAUGGUACUCACCAGCUUGUCAACUAGCCCUUUGGUCCGAAGCCCGCCUGUGCGACCCAAUGAGGGCCUCAGCGGGUCCUGGAAGGAGGGUGCACCAUCCAGCAGCAGCAGCAGCGGCUACUGGAGCUGGAGUGCUCCCAGCGACCAGUCCAACCCAUCCACACCUUCACCACCAUUGUCCGCUGACAGCUUCAAGCCCUUCCGUAGCCCCGCACCACCUGAUGAUGGCAUCGACGAGGCGGAGGCCAGCAACCUGCUCUUCGACGAGCCCAUUCCCAGGAAGAGAAAGAACUCCAUGAAGGUGAUGUUCAAAUGCCUUUGGAAAAACUGUGGCAAGGUGCUGAACACUGCAGCAGGCAUUCAGAAGCACAUCCGGGCCAUCCACCUCGGGCGAGUUGGGGAGUCUGACUACAGCGAUGGAGAAGAGGACUUCUACUACACUGAGAUCAAGCUCAACACGGACUCGGUGGCUGAGGGCCUGAGCAGCAUGGCCCCACUUUCGCCUUCCCAGUCCCUGGCUUCACCGCCUACGUUUCCUGUCCCAGACUCCAGCCGAACAGAAACUCCUUGUGCCAAAACAGACACCAAGCUGAUGACACCGCUGAGCCGCUCAGCACCCACCACCCUCUACCUCGUGCACACUGACCAUGCCUACCAGGCCACGCCCCCAGUGACUAUUCCGGGAUCCGCUAAGUUCACCCCCAAUGGCAGCAGUUUCAGCAUUUCCUGGCAGUCACCUCCAGUCACUUUCACCGGCAUUCCUGUGUCUCCAACACAUCACCACCCAGUGGGCUCAGGAGAGCAGAGACAGCACGCCCACACAGUCCUGUCCUCUCCGCCCAGAGGGACGGUCAGCCUAAGGAAGCCCAGAGGGGAAGGCAAAAAGUGCCGCAAGGUCUACGGGAUGGAGAACCGGGACAUGUGGUGCACCGCGUGCCGCUGGAAGAAGGCGUGUCAGCGCUUCAUCGACUGAGCCCGGCAGCAGGCUUCCCGCCCCGCCCGCCCCGCCCUCCGCUGCAGGUGACGGAAAAGCCUCUCCUUCCAAAGGAAGCCAUUCAAGGCCCAGGGAAAGCCUUUCCUGGAAUUCUGGGAAUGUAAUUCCUUAGUGGAAUUAAAGCAAAAAAAUCAGCACCUGCACUGCUCUGAGAGCCCAGGCGAGAGCAGCGAGAAUGACUUUUUCCUUCAAAAGAAAAGUCAACUUGAUUUGCUCUCCGUCUGGUCUCAAAGUUGGACUUCUGUAGCAACUCAACCAACCAGGCCCAUUUUACGUAGAAAGAUUUUGAUAAGCUUUCUGAAUUGUGGUAUUUUCAAAGGUUUUUGACACUUAAACAGUACGCCCAUAAGCUACACAGUACACAUUAGCUAGCAUUUAUACAAAGGAUAACCUACCUUGUGAAUAGGCAUUUCUGUUUCCCAUUCAACUCCUUGAAGCAGUCCAGAUCAUGAUGUAUUUCAAGAAGGAGCUGCACUCUGGCUAUCCUUUUCUAUGUAUGUUUUAUUUCCAAGAGGGACCCCAAGCAGAAGCAUCGGAAAGAUGUUAGCUUGGAGCCCCAGGUAGCAUAAGGCCCAAAGUGACUAGCAGUGGGAACCGUCUGUGGACUUCAACCGCAAGCUGAGGCUAGGACGCCCGGGACGCCGCAGAAAGCAUCUGGGAGUCUUCCUUGGAUCCUGUCUGGUGGCACAGCUACUUCUCUGCCUGCCACAGCUCAGGUGAGAGCUGGCACCAGGAGCCAUCUGGUAAGCUGUCACAGGAACCGCAGCUUGGGUGGUGUGUCCUGCUUUGUCUUGUCAAGACGAUGGCCAGGAUCAUGGGUUGUCCAAACCCUGCCCAGGUAGACAUCUCCAGACUGGGCAGCUUUGCUUUCAGCAGAACACGGCUGACGUACCCCCGUCUGUGAGGAAGUCCCACUAGGGCAACAAGCCGACUUCCAUUCUGCGUGCACUUUUGCAGAUUCCGUGUCUAGGAGAUGAGGUAGGGGACAUAGUGACAUGUAUGGAUAAUGGAGAGCUAAACCUUUUCAUCUCUUAUAAAAAAUAUUGGAGCGAUGAAUUAAGAAUUUGCUAAGAAACUAACUUACAAGAUGUCCAAAGGAAAAAGCAUCUUGGUAUAGGACACUCUCGAUUUAGUAGGGCCAAGGCUUGUACUGGCUUCCAGCUGUUGGAAUGUCUGAAUUGGUGGACUUGCGUGCUGGAGGGGUGGAGCGUGGUGAGCAGCCGCCGAGCCUCGUUGGAACGGAACACUUGUUCUCUGUCCGCCCUGCUUUAAGAGCUGGAUGUCCUGUACCUAUGCAAAGCAAGAGCACCUUAUAGGAGGCACUGGGUAGGGAUGGGGGCCGUGGUGUCAGCCAUACGAAUGUUAAGUGAAAUUGCACACAAGAAAGCUUAAUAUAUGUUUCAAGAUUGUACAUAGUGCUUUUUUUACAGAGUCAAAAGAAGUCAGAGUAAUCAGACACCUUGUUAUGUCAGGGGUAUAUAUGGAGGUUCUGCAGCCCAACACCCUUAAUUUGUGUAUUCAUGUAUCUUGGCAAUUUUAUUUUUUAAAUUCAUGUGACUUUUUAAAAGAUUAUUUCUUAAGAGAAUACCUGAUCUUUGCUUCAGAUAUUUAAAAGGGAAAAAAACCCUACUGAUUUCAAAAGAAAAUGAUCUUUCUAUGAUUCCCCAUAGGUUGAUAGUUGACAUCAGCCACACCGGCUCUCCUUGAUCUUUUGACCUGCAACCAGAAUACAGCUUUUUUUUUUAAUGCAGAGCUAAGUUGUUUUUUCUUCCUGGGCAUGUCCUCUCUCUCUCUCUCUCUCCUGUCUCCUGUAGCCUCACUGCUGUGAAACAAAGUCCCAGCUGAUACAAGAGACUCUGAGCCACAGGAAGAUGGUCCUGGUCAGCUGUUUGAUCAGGUGAACCCUAUGCUAGAGGUUUCCCCCUCAGCAGAGUUCCCUGAAGUUUUUUUUUUUUAAUCUGAGAUGAAGACUUUAAUCAAAAUACUGCAGUGAUGUGAAGUGACAUCCAUCCUCUCUUGAACUUUGGGAUGAAGGACUGCUCUCUGAAUGACAGUCACCCUUCAGCAAGGUGCCAUGGCCGUCUCCCCAAGUGACAGCCCAAGGGAGGUUCUGCGUAACUGUGCACAUCGUCGGCAAAGUCAUGACGCCGAAUGCACCUGACCUGCAUCCCUCAUCUUCUCUAACGCCUUCAUCAUGCCAGCUCUUCUGCAUCUCCAGCUCCAGUCCACAGGCCAGCCCUAGGCUUCCAGGUGCAGACAAAUCCAGAGUACAGUUUUGGACACAUAUGCCCAUUCCCUGAGAGGAAGGAUGCAGUCUCCAGGGGACCAGAAAGCUCUGAAUUGCAACAUACAGUUGCCGAUUAUAUGAGUUACAUUUUGUUAUAAGUUACAUUGUGAAGCAGUUAUUUCGGUAUUUGGGGGACCAAAUGAAGCUCGACUUUUCAUUUGAUGCCAUCUCCAUGAAACUAAGUUCUUUUUGUGUCUGUAUUUUGUGGAGAAACAAGGGAAAGAAGGAUGAGAAGAAGAACCUCAGGCCAGGUGGCUGCUAGCCUGAAGUUGUACAAAUCCCCAGGGAUAGCAGCCCUGUCUACAAAAGGAAUGGUGAUGCAAUGAAUUCUUGCCCAUUGGAAAUGUCUGAUUCUUUUUCUUCCUUCCUUAAUGUCCCUUCCUCAAAAACAAAAAAAGGUUUCUCCUUUCUCCCAGAGAAGGCAUUUCACAGUGACUGGCAGGACAUUGUCUAGCCAGCCACAAAGCAAAAGCAAUGUGUGCAACAGGCAAUAGUUUCCAUUCUUAGCCUUCCCCGAGUAUGGACACUUAGUUUGUGGAAGUCAGUGAGACAAGGAGAAAACCCCCAGGUAGCAAGUAUGCUAAGGAGGCCAUGCAGGAAACCUGAGCACACUGCCUCCUCCUCUUCCUCCUCUUGGGGCUGGUCAGCCAGGGAUCCUCAUGUCUAUUGUAGCUGUCUUAAACAAGACAGGGCCUGUCAUACAGGCUAACCCUUCUGCCACCUUAUGUCUAGGAAUUUUCUCUAUGGAGCAGCAAAAGCCAGUGUCAGGAAGAAAGCAAAGGUUUCCGAACCAGAGUGGGCUUUAUAGUGCAGUUGAUGGCUCCACGUCCAAGAGAUUCCCUUAUGAGAUAGAUGAUCCCCUGCCUCCUGUGACCAAGCUACGGAUAAACGUCAUCGGUAGAAAACAGCACUGGCAACAGAUAGCCCUUGGGCUUUCCAAAUAUCUAUUCAGAGAUGCUCACACGUGCAUUGCAAAACAUUUCUGAAACUGAAUUCUUCCCCCAUUGCAAUUCAAGAUGACAUGAGUUGAAGUCUGCCAUCUCUGGUACCCUUACAUCACACUUCCACCAGAGGCCCUGGGCUCCCAGUGAGCCUUGCAAGACUCCGUUUUGUGUCUCACUUCAGCUGCACUGCAUGAGGAGGGUGGCCCUCACUGGAGAAGGUUCUCGGAAAAGAGGCAAGAACUACCCAUACAAGAUAAUGUGCUGAGCAUCACAGCAGAAUACUGUAAAUAGCACUCAUUUCCUCAGGGAAACAGGAAGUACGCAAGAAGACAGAUCUGGAGAACCCCACGACCGGGAGGAAUUUUACUGUCUCAAGUCGUUUCUUGUCACAACAAGUUUGUUAUUUUUUGUUGUUGUUAUUUUUUUCAUGUAAACUUAGUAUCAUUUCAAGACAAAUCCGUGUCAACUGGACAGUGUCAACUUCCGUGAGGCAUGGCAGAUGCACCUGCUGCAUAACUGUCUCUCUGUAGGUGGCCUAAAGCUGACUGAUAUUUGAGCCACAGGCGCAGAGCCUGCUGGGUGUUCGUGGAUGCAGUGAAGCUUUCUCUGAAUGUAAUUGUGAGCUGGAAGCCUUGCUGUUCCUUGCUGUGGUCUCCUGGUUUGGGCAACUGAUGAUUGGCUACACACAGCAUUCGCUAAGUGAAAGAAAGCUGUUGGAGGCAUGUGCUUUUCUUCAGUGGCAUGCUUAGGAGCACGGCCGUGGACUCUUAUGGACAGGUGCUGCCUUAGUCUCACACCCUGUAGGAUUUCCACCAUCCACAUGGGCCGCAGCAUUGACCUGUGUGAAUACGUACAAACGAGUGGCCCCAGUGGGACCUGUCACUGUAAAACACAUGAUUGGGGGUGGGGGGUCAUUUUUCAGGGCAUGCUAGGCAUAUGAGUCAACCAGAAAGUUUAUUUCUGUAAGAAACCUACCAGCAGCACACAGGCUCCCCUCGUCCUCCUACCUGGGGGAUUCCUCCAUGUUGCAACCAUUUCAUCCUGUCUUUUCUGCAUUGUAGAAAUUUAGCCAAAUGGGAAGUUAGUAAACAAAAUGAGGUUAGCACUUUUAGGUACCAGUUGUCCUGAGUAACGCACACCAACAGAGCAAGGAAGGAUGAAAUGUUCUCAAGACUGACUUGCUUCUGAUGACUGGCUUUGGAAUGGUCCAUUUCCAAUGCUAUACAUGCUUUAAGGGGUAUACCUAUCACAGGGCCAGGAAUCAUAAUGGGAAUCUUAUAUCCUGUCCUGGUUUGUAAAUAGCUCCUUUUUUUCUGAAGACAAUCUCAUGUUUUAUAACUUUUGUUGUGUGGGUCUGAGAAUCACAAUUGUAAUGUGUUACAGUAAAUAUAAUCUUAAAUACAAUAAUAAUUACAACUUAAAUUUCCAAAUGAAAGAAAUAUACUGCUUAGGCGUCUAUAAGAGACAUGACACUUUUAUAAUAAGCAUUAGUACUUCUCGAGUUUAACAGAACUGGAAAUAUUUUACAAGAUACAGUGUUUUAUAAUCACAGAGAACAUGAACACUUUGUGGGAAAUGACCUUGGUUUUAUACAUUGUAGCUUAUUUUUUAAAAUGCAGUAUUUUAACUGACAGGAGGUGUUGAUACGGCACACAGUUCCUGUUCACCAAUCCAAGGGCUACACCUCUUUUAAACAAGUGUUUUGAUGCGUGUCUUUUCAAUUAACCCUCUGAGCAAGGGUAGCAGUGCAGAACAGGUAGAAAGGUUAUGUGCAAGAGAAUCGAUGUAGCAGCAACUUCUCCCUCAUCAUGACCAGCAUGUUUUCAAAGCAUGGGGCGGGGGAUCAUAUGAAGAUUCACUUUUUAUACUUUAAACAUAAGAUGUUAGCAGAUAGACUUCUAGGCCGUGGAAGAAAGUAUCCCUUUAGUGUGAAAUGAAUUCGGUCAUGAGUUUUCCUGUUGGCCUAUUGGAGCUACAUUCUGCAUUUAGUGAGCAAACAUCAUUUGGUGGGGAUGGCUAAAAAUCAUAGUAUGUACAUCCAAAGACCCUUUUAACCGUCAGCAGUGUUUGAGAUGUUUCUAUUCUCUCCACCAACUGAAUAAUUUCCUCAUCAGAACAACUGCGUUGUUUGACUUUUGUUUGUUUUUCACUGUGAAAAACUCACAGGCACGCAAGGUUGUGAGCAGAAAGUGACAGCAUUCCCACAGGACAUAAGAAACAAACAGGGGAGCUACACAAACAGUUGUGAGUUUUGCCAAAACUAUUCCCAGCUGUUCCACGUCCUCAAGCCCACUCACUGUUAAAGAAAGCAUCCUUUCUUCCCAAGCGUUUAGCGAUCAGAAAGCUAGUACAGUUUCCCUAAGAGCGCAGACAGUAUCAAAGAGGAGCUGCAAUAGGACAGCUGAGCGCCUGUUGGGUAACUCAACAAGCCAUCAGAAGGCUCAGAGUCUGUUCAGUGAGAAUUAUGCAUGCAUGGUUUGAGGGAGCACCACUCCCUCCCUCAGAAUUGCACCGCUGAUAGCAUUUGAGUACCCAGCACUGCAGUUUUGAACUGUGUGUGUCUCAUUCCACCUGUGAAUGGAGGCUUCUUUACAGAGGCUGCAAAUUUGGGUGCUUCAAAAUGACCACACGUGUCAUGCUGACCAGCACAUGCCAGGACAAGGACAGGCACCAGGGAACGGUGGAAAUGGUGUUGGACUAGGCAGAGGACAUCUUCCGAGAAUGGAGACCCACACAGAGCCCCCCUCAGCUUUUGACAAUCAGAACCCACGGACAUCAGGCCAGGUUGCUAGAUCCCAUCGGCGACAUGACAUCACCUGACAACUAAGUAUUGACCACCGACACACAUUCUCGGCCAAUACCACAGACCAAAGAAAAGCUGUGUGGGGUGGGGGCAUCCUGUGGCCGCAGUCCCAGCUGUGGAAGCCAGUUCCACAUUCCCCCAUGAUCACCAUAGAUGCCCGUGUGGGCACUAGCUGAGCAGUAGACAUUUCAAAUGAGAAGAGAAGCUGCUUCUCCCUAGAGAUUAUUCUCACGGACGACAAAAUAGAAAUGUCAGACCCUUAUUAGCCUUGUCCCUUAUCAGAGCGUACUGAAUUGUUGCCCAGCUCUGGCAAGAGCUGCCUCCUGACAUACCCAGACCACGCCCCGAAGUACUGAGUAGCUGUAACCCUGACUCUUACUGUGUCUGCUACCGAGACCACUGUGAUGCAGGGCUGGGAAAACAAAACAAGAAGCAGCCUUGUGCCUUCAUAGAAGGCAGCCAGGUGCCCCUGAAGUUAGGUGACACAUGGCGCCUUUUGUGCCAAAGCCCUCUGCCCUCUCCAUGCUCCCCAGGCCAUUCUCCUUGUUCCACUGUAAAAAUGAAAUAUAAAGUAAAAUAUUUCCUCUCCAAUCUGGCUAAAUCCUUGCUUCAGAACUAAUAGGCCCUUAGGUGUUUUGGGGUGUGCACUUUAAAGGAAGUUUUUCCUUGUAGAAAACAUUGGCUUCUUUGUCUGAGGGCAGUAUCCAAACAAGAAUAACUGUUAUGUUGGGGUGGGGGGGGGGUAAGAAGCAGAGUAAACUAUUUCAUAGUUCUGAACAGCUAUGUUGUUUUAAAGUCUAUCUUAUAUUGAACUCCUGAUGUUACAGGGACAGUUCUGUAUGGUAAAGGUAUCUCAUUCAGACAUUAUUUCCUUUGACCUUCGUUAAGAACCUAGUGUCGAAACUGAGGUCACUGUCCCACAUCCAAGGCCAGCCCAGAGUAGUCUUGAACCCAUGAGUCAGCACCGUCAUUACCUGCAAAGAGGGAGGAAGGUUUGGCUGUCUUCCACAGUGACUCAAGCGCCACCAUGUCUUCCAUCCAGAAAUAUAAAGAACACACUCAUGUUACUAAGUGCAAAUUUAACUAUCCCCAAAUGUGUCCCCAUACCAUAGCUACCAUGCUGGUCCCCAAGUUUCAUCCAGCAAAUGCUAAAGUGUAGGAACUUCUUAGCUAAAGCAAUAUUCUAGGUAAAUAUUUUGACUCCUUGGGAAAAAUUAUUUUUCUGCUGGUGUCUAGCUUUCAGGCUCUAUAAGUUUAAAUUUGAAUGCAAUUUAAACAAGGCUGGCAAAUUUUGACAUGGCAUCCACUGGGAAUGACUAAAAGACUGUCCAGUAUAUGAACGUGCUUCAUCCAAGGCUCUCAGUGGGCCAGGCUGAGCAUUCGAGUUCAGAGUGAAGUCACAAGGAAUUUUGUCAUAGGACUAGAAGGAACAAAAAAAAAAACCUCUGCUGGCCUGUUACUAGUUAAUUAGCAGGGUUGUUUUUGUUAUUAUUAGUGCUCUUAUUGUAUUUUAGGUAAUUCAGUGCCUGGAGGCAGAAUGGCUUAGCCCUACCCUACUGAGAUGGAAAAGCAGCGUUGUGUAGUUUUGACUGGCGGUCCAUAGAAAGAGCCCAGUGUUUGUGAACAAGAACAAAGCAAAUAACUAGAUUUUGAAGUAAGGUUCAGAAUUAAAUAUCGGUUCUUUCUUUAAUGUUCUUUCUCAACGGGCACUGUCCAUAAAAUUGUGAGCCUUCAAGGAGAGCUCCCCUUUUAUGCUACAAGACCCCUGGAAAUCGAUCCUUGAGGCUAUGACACUUCCUUAGUGGGAUCAAUUCCCCCCAAAUUUUAAUUUUAAAAAAAUAGCCAAAAUGGAGCAUGGCAACCCCUGAAAAUCACAAGAAAUCUGUCAUUAAAGGGGGGAAACAAAAGCACCUCCCUUUUUCUUUGAGUCUGAGAGAAGAGUCCCCAUCAUUUUCAACCAUCUUGACAGCAGUACCCAGGUUGUCUGGUGGACACUUGCUCUCUUAAGGUCAUCAUCUCCCCAACCCAGAGGACAGGGAGUUGUCCUGGUUCCUUUCCAAAGCCAGGGAUGAGCCAUUCUUGUUCAUUGGUUGCUUACUGGAUGUUUCUCUGAAGUCUGCCCCCACUGCAUAGAUGCUUAUCCUGUCUUGUUCAUUUGCUCAGUGAGUGGCUACCCCCAUCCUGCAGGGAAAGGGCCAGGCACCUGUCUGAGCAUGUGCAGUCUCCUGGUUGUAGAGAGAGUCUUCCUUAGCACCUUCAUGCCACACCAGCCCAAAGGUCAAUUUCUGCCUCCCUGAGAGAGGUAGCUGCUACUCCCUUCCCUGUGCCUUGGAGCAUUCCUUCCAGCUACCUGCGCCGAGCUGAGAGUAAGGAGGACAGAGGGUGCUGGCAUCUGUGUUACCAUGGAGUGCUACAGCCAACCAGGAGGGCUUCAUUCUGAAUCCUUCCAGACUCUGGCUUUUCUGCCUGACGCUUGCAGAGUGCAAGCAUUGGCCUUCCUUGUGUGACGAAGGAGUACCUUCGGUGUAUACGUGUUCCUGUUUUGUAUUUCUGGAAAGCAAAACCUACUUCGGUCUGUCCCCCUUGUCAAACCUUCAUUCCUCACCCCAGGAUAGCCCCAUCCCUUGUUUUGGGCAUAGGCAUCAAGACAGAAAAGAAAAGGGCUUGCUGCUGUUCUUGGUUUUGAGUUACCCCCUUGGGGAUCCAUCCCCAAAUGGGGAAAAGAUGUCCAACUUGGCAGACUACAAUGUGAGGGAUUAGUUUGUAGGCCCUUUCUUGAUAUUCUUAGUGGAAGUCUGUGGCUGGAACAUGGCAUGAUCAACCCCAGGGUUUCAGCUGGAGAAACUGAUCAUGGGGAGGAAACUUCAGACGGCCCCACAAGCACAUGGCACCUCCCUAAGCACCCCACUUACCUGACUUCAGAACUAAAAAUACCCCAGGUGUAAAAAUGAGUCAGGCCCAUGGCUCAUACUACACUCCAUAUUUUCCUACAGUGCACCUUAAAAUUCCUAUUUUUGUAAUGGUUAGACUGUGGUCAGCCACUUAACACUCUAUGGAUUAACUGAUAUACCCUAGUAUAGUUUCCAAAAUAUUCCAUAUCAAAGUCCUGUAUGCAUGGAAGAACUCAGGGUAAGAAAAUACUGCUAGGUCCCAAAGGGUUCAAGACUAUCACCAAAAGUAAAUGCCAGGAGGCCUGCGGCCAUUGCUUACAAAUGAGGGCACUGGGAGAGGGGAAUAUUAGCUGUAGGUCCUCCGUUGUCCUUAGUGGUGGGGCUUACACAGACUGUGCUCUUAAAGGUAAGCCAUCUUUGUUUGUUUUUGUUUUUGUGUUUCGUGACAGGGUUUCUCUGUGUAGUUUUUGGAGCCUGUCCUGGAACUAGCUCUUGUAGACCAGGCUGGUCUCGAACUCAUAGAGAUCUGCCUGCCUCUGCCUCCCGAGAGCUGGGAUUAAAGGCGUGCGCCACCACCACCUGGUGGUAAGCCAUCUUUUACAUUCUUUCAUACACCAAAUCUAAAAUAUGAGAAAAAGAAAGUUACCGAAUAAAGUGGGGUAGUUAGUGGAGAUGCUGUCUGUAGGAAGCUUUGCUCGUAGUGUCUGAUAAAAACAACAAAAGCCACACUGAAGCCCAGGGCGUGGUCCUCUGGCGGCCACUGGCAUUAGGAUGGCAGCCUCAAGCGUGGACAGGCACUGAUUGAAGGCAUUUCGGCAAUGCUAUCCAGCAUAUGGAGAGGUCUUUUGAGGUACAAUCUUGCCAUCAUUUCAGGGGUAAGUACUUCCUUACAAAGUCUUUAAUAAUGACUGAAUGUAUAAAAUUAUAUACUAUGCAUUUUCAAAGAGAAACAUGUAUUUUAUAUCAAAUCCAAGUACUUUUUUCAUAAAGACUUAUCACAACUACAGAUGAUUCAAAAUAAAUGAGAAUACAAAUCCUCGUAAGGGUGUGGGGUGCCUUUGUUUUUUCUGUCCGAUGGUUUCAAGACAAUGUAUCCAGACUUUCAUCUUAGAAAGGAAGAAAGAAAGAAAGAAAGAAAGAAAGAAAGAAAGAAAGAAAGAAAAAAACCAGCAGUGCCGUGGAUGAGGGUACAGCUUCUGCCUGAGGGGAGCGCUCACUAACUGUCCCCAGUUUUUAGAGAAGGGUGCUUUAGUCAACACUAGAUCAGGUAAAUAAGGACCAGUGAUGUGGCUCAGAGGUAGAGCACUCACCUGGCACAUGUAAGGGCCUGGGUUCAGUCCCCAGCACUGGGAAAUAAUAAUAUCAAGAAGCAGGCAAACAAUCAAAACUUGGAAAGUUAACAUUGCCUCGGCAAAAGAUGGCCCAGGUUUGUCUGUCGUGGUUAAUUCUCCAUCCACCCAAGGGAUGAGGAGUGCUCUUUAAAGAGUUUAGGUUACAGUUUCAACGAACAAAACAUAAAAAUACUAUCUGACAUGACAAAUAGUUGAUUUUUUCCCAAAAUUACAUGGAGAUGAUAUUUUGAAAAAUCGUUGUAGAAUAUACCCGAAUUUCCUCAGCCUCCUGCUGAUAGGCGUGUUCAUGAAACCUUUCCCAUGAAAAGUGGUCUCUCCUUCAGUGCUUACUCCACCCCACAGCAUCCUUCCUCCAGCUGACGAUGGGGAAGUGCGCUCAACUUCUCUGCUUUCCGGUUCUCUUCUGUGUCUGUUGAGGAGUCUAGGCUGUUUGUAAAAUACAGGAAAACACGCGUCUAACCCCGGUACUUAGGGUCAUACUGGACACGUUUGCUACCUAAGUAGACAUUCGUGGGAGGGGGCAAUGUGUCUUUUUAUAUGGUUUUUAGCCAACUCCAGAUGUUCUGGUACUCCAUUUCUGAUACUUUUCUGACUGUAAAUACCGCCUGCAGAGUCAGGCGGAGUGACCUUUUCUGAGACUGUUCCUCAGCCGUGCUCCCUGCCAGCUUUUGGCACACUGUACAUAGACUUGUCAAAUGUUUCAAUGAUGUUGUUUUUCUAAAUGCUGUUCUCUAACACUUUUUUUGGUUUUUUUUUUCCUUUGUUGUUCUGGACUUUGUGUUAGUUUUACACAAUGUUUCCUAAGAUUUAACACCAGGAAAAAAAUAUUUUAAAAUCAACUGGUGCUAAUUGGAAAAUAAGAAAAAUUUUCAGUUUCAAUAUUUACAAGAGAAAAUAUUCACACCAGUUAAACUGCACUUUCCCAGGGGGAUGGCUGCUGUCCACUUAGGAUGGGCCUCAAGAGGACCAGCAGAUGUUUACAGUAUUGAUGGCCCACUUAUGUGUCGCACAGCGAGGAGCCCAUCCCCCCAGAGAGGAGGGUUUGCUGGGUGGUCCUCAAAGCAUGCAAUCGACAGAAAGGUAGAGAGUGAGAACCCUUUAGAAAUAGUCUCUGGUCUUUGGACUUUCGUGUUCUGUAAUGCUUAGCUGUAACAAUGAAUAUGGUGUUGCCAAUCUCGUCUGACGUCAUCGUCAACCUGUACUGACUCUCUGUAUGGUUCUACCCUUGGUUUGCACUGGUACACACCAAGCCAGAACACGGGUCUUUCAGUGAGACCCUUCUGAUUUCUCUGGUGUCCACACACAUGAAUUUAGAUGCACUUGUAACUGGUUAACUACCAUGAAGUAAGUCUAACUUCCACUUAAUAAAAACUUUUGUGUAUCUGCUUCUCUA